CCUGCAAGGGAUUGAGUACGUGCGGGCGCUGUUCGUGCUCCUACAAGCGCCCAUGUUCGCCGUGCAAUCCUCGUACACAGUAUUCGCUCACCUCUUACGGCACGUCACUGCUCUUCCUUCCUCUGAUCACCAGCUCCUCGUCGGCUGGUUCAAAACUUUGGAGAUCAAACGCUUCAGUGCCUUGGUCCAGCAUCUCCUGCAGUUCAUAACAGUCCGUCGAUUCCCCCCAGCAGACAUGUCCUUGCCUCCGAUGAGCAAGUCUAAAUGGUGGGUCCCCACUGCGACCAGGGUCCUCGCACUGCUCAAUGUUGCAAACAACACAAGGUCACUACCAUUGAUUCACUACACGGACUUCUACAAUUCAGCCCUGGAUCACUUGGACUUGAUGGAUGAAUACAUGUCCUGGCAGGCCCCUGAACGCCCUGAUAGGUUCUCAUUCUGCCAGUAUCCCUUCAUCCUCUCCAUUGUCGCAAAGCGCUAUAUCCUCACCAAAGAUUCAGAGCAGCAGAUGAUCCUCACUGCAAGGCGUUCUUUAGUUGCCAAAGUAUCGCGUCAUCAAAUCCCGGACAUCGAGGUAUUCUUCCUCAAUAUCAGCGUUCGCAGGGCUCACCUCGUCCCCGAUUCUCUGAGAGAGAUUGGAAGGAGACAGCGGGACCUGAAGAAGAAGUUGAAGGUGACAUUCGAGGGAGAACCCGGGUUGGACAUGGGAGGACUCACCAAAGAAUGGUUUCAACUCCUCAUUCGCCAGCCGGACUACGGGAUGUUCGUAUAUCACUCAAGAUCCAGGUGCUAUUGGUUCAGCCUGAGCCAGAGUGGGAAUCUCCGGGAAUACAACUUGAUAGGAGUCCUCAUGGGAUUAGCUGUGUACAACUCGAUCAUACUGGACCUCCAUUUCCCUCACGUCUGCUACCGGAAGCUCCUUAGCCCUCCUGUGGUCCCCAAUUUCGAAUAUGUCCCCGUAGGACUGGCGCGGGAACCCUCAACAAUCGAUUUGGCCGAGAUCAUGCCUGUGAGCUUCCUUGCAUGUCGUCGUUUUCUAUUACUACUCGCGGAAACAUUUUUCAGCUGCAAAUAUCUUUCCUUCCAGGAGGUGGCUUCGUCUCUCAAAGAUCUCCUAGUGCAUGAAGGGGACGUGGAAGAGGAUUUUUGCAUGUGCUUUCAGGUAUCUGUGGAAGAAUUCGGAAAGGUGAAGACGUAUAACCUGAAGGAAUCAGGGGAUCAGCUACCUGUCACAAAUGAGAACAGGGAAGAGUUCGUGAAGCUGUACCUGGACUUCGUUCUAAAUUCAGGCAUUUACGAACAGUUUCGGGCCUUCUACCUCGGAUUUCACAGUGUCUGUGCCUCCAAUGCACUUAUCAUGUUGCGACCCGAAGAGGUGGAAAUGCUCGUUUGUGGUUCUCCAAACUGUGAUCUAUCGGAAUUGAAGAAGGUCGUCGAGUAUGACGGAUUCACCUCCAGCGACCCCGACAUCUUGGACUUUUGGGAGAUCCUCCUAUCGCUGUCGACGGACUUGCAGAAGAAGUUCCUUCUCUUCACGACCGGGAGUGACCGGAUCCCGGUCGGAGGAAUCUCUGAGAUGACCUUCAAGAUCUCGGCUCAAAGGGAGAGCCUGGACAUGCUUCCCCAGGCUCACACCUGUUUCAAUCAAUUGGUCCUACCGACUUAUAAAAACCGAAACAUAAUGCGCGAGAAACUCACAAUCGCCAUUUCCAAUGCUGAAGGUUUCGGUCUCGAGUGAAUAAAGCUGGGC